UUGUUUACUUUCAAAACAGUGAAAUGGCACUAAGAUAAGGUUCUUAUCUACUAUCAAAUAUCGUCGCAUCGUUCAAAAUAAAAUCCCCUAAAAGUAAACAUUGAAAGUUACGGGAGUACAACACAACAAUACCAAAUGUUUACCUUUCAGAAUUUUGAUGAAGUCUUUGACUUUGAUCCAGAUUGUUCCUAUGAUGAAUAUGCUGUGCACGAAAUUGAGAACAAUCGUAAGAAGCUUGAAGGGUUGUUCGUGGAUACUUUACUGAAGAAUUUUGAAAUCCGCCGACGUGAGCUACUAAAAUUAUUCACAUAGUGUAUCCCGUACUAACUGUCUGCAAGCUGUCAAGUAUUAUCCCCCGAAAACAAAUAAUGAACUCAGAAAUCUACACAAAGUCAUCAUCGACUCAACGGGCGAGGCCCAUCACAAAUUAUCAGCUCUAUAUUAUAUAUUGCUCGAUUUCGACGCUCCAACCGGGCGAAGAGACUACUCCACCACAUUCGAACAAAAGUCGUUCUUACCUCAAAGUUACCAAAUUUAUAUGAAGGGUCUCUGGCAUUUAGAUCGUCUCGAUUUUGAGGUUCGUGAUUCUAUGUGUUGGAUGCAAAAGUCCGUAAAUACCUGGCAUGGACUGAUCGUUUCUAGUUGGCACUUCAAUAUUUGACCCAUCCAUCCUUGAUACCGAGUUUUGCGGACGAAAUAUUAGAGGCCCUGGUAUUACAUUCCUCGGAAGAUCUAGCUAUCCCCUUGGCAUACUAUCAUACCGUACAGCCAGCCUUGACUUCAUCCAAAGCAACAGAGAGUUUGUUUUCUGCCAUCGCGAGAACCAGUGUCACAGAAGCCUUCUACUUCUCUCGAGGACAGUCGCAAUAUAUGCAAAGACACAUGUUCGAAUUACUCAUUGCAGUUGUUCUCAAAAAUUCUCCUCCAGAAACUAUUGCGGAUCGCAGCGUCGAGCUGGUAAAUCUGCCAUUCUCACCAGAAGAAGAAUCUUGGUUCGAGGACUAUUUGCUUCGCGGAGAAGGAAGAGCAAUAAGAAAGGGCCGGGAUACAAUUAUGAUGCGACGAAUUGGUACUGGAAAAUUCUCGGAGACUUUAUCACUGAAAGGAAUCGGCGGUAGAUCAAUUGGAGGGUUGGAUUGGGAGCGUUUGUCUGCAGCUGUGAGAGAAGGACUUGGGCCAAGAAUCGAUGUAUAAAAAGAGGAUGCGGAGCCUGUAUAUCUAAAUUUCAAAGAUACCAACACAGCGUUAUGGAGUUAUUUGAGGAGUUACGAUAGGCUUGGAUUUUGAAUGCCAAUUUAAUUUUUUUUAUUCUCGUGUAGGCUUACAUUCAUUUCCAUGUCACUUCCUCUUGUCAUAAUCAAUUU